AUGCCAAGGAAUCCACAAGCUAAUAAUAACAAUAACAGAUCAGCAGCAGAUAGGUUUCAUGGGAAUGAUGGUGUUGUGUGGGCCCCUGUUCGUGCCCACAACAAAGAAGAUCGUGGUGAUGAGCACAGUCAAAGUCAAAGUCAAAGCCAAAGAGUUGUUCAGGAUGAUGUGGUGGUGCCAGUGAAGACGAGUGUUAACUCGGUCCAGACUAAUCUGAAAAGCAGAAGGGCAGAAAUGGAAAGAUAUGUUCCGAAACCAGUAGCUAAAGAACUGGCACAGCAAUCAUCAACACCAUCUUCACCCAUGAAAGGUGCAUUAGAAGAAGAUACAUCAGAAGAGUUGGUUGUUCAACCUGUGGUUCCAGUAUCAUCUGAUAAUAAUAAUAAGCAAAAUAAGGCACUGAUGAAAUCCCAGCAACAGGGAGUGUCUGUAAAGAAAAAUAGUAAUAAUCAGAAAGCUGCGGGUGUGGGUGUGAGCCAGAAGAGUGAAGUUACAGGUGAAAUGAAUGUGAUGCAUGACUGGGACCCGUCUGAUGGGUGGUUUAUGCCUGAAUAUCCACCACCACCACCAACAACAACAACAAGUGUUGUGAAAGAUGAAGGUGGUGGUAAUAAAGGAAAGAAACCAGCAGCAGCAUAUAACAAGAGUCAGAGUAGGAGCACAGUGGCAGUGGCAGUGAAAAAUCAUCAGGAUGAAGCCGAGGUAAUAACAGAGAGGCCUACUUCUGCGAAAGAGAAUCGUUCUGCUCAUUGGCAACCAAAACCUCAAGCUCAAGCAGCGGCAUAUAAAGGUCAAGGUGGUGGUGAGGAACAUCAUCAUGGUGGUGAAGAGGGUAGAAGGGAGAGAAAGCCAAGAGGAGGAGGAGGAGGAGGAGUACGGAUUCAUUCCCCAAAUAAUAACGUGGAAGAUGAAGCCCCUCCAUUUGAGCAGCAGCCAGGUUUUAGGAAGUAUGGGCAAAACAACCGUGGUGGUGGUGGUGGGCGGCAGCAUAAUAGCAAUAAUAACGCAAACAUAAACCGGGAAAGGCCAAGGCAAAAUCUGCAUUAUGAGUAUCAGCCAGUCGGAUCAAACAAACUUGAUGCAGGUGCAGCAGCUGUAGCUGAUGGGUCUGGGAAUGCAGCUGGUCAGAGGUACAAAGAGAGGGGUCCAGGUCAAUCAAGACGGGGUGGCGGUGACGGUAACGGUAACGGUAGCGGUGGCGGGGGUAACUUUUAUGGGUGGCAAUAG